AACAGUAAACAACGCAAUUAUAUUUAUAAUUAUAUACGUUGUCUUGUAAAUGAAAGUCAAGAAUUAGAAUUUGUUUCGUUUCUCGGUGUGAUAUAACAAUACGUAUCUUGUUUGUAACGAUCGUAAGGAUGUCUGACAAAGACUCGGGAAGCCAGAAUGGCAGUUCCGAGUGUAGCAACGAUUCACUGAAUGGAUCAUGGGUUAAACUGGACGAGACAUUUAGGUGUGGGAAUGAGCGUCCAUUUUCAAUCCAUAAUGGUGAAAUGGAAAAUCUUCUGGCUGAAGCUGCAGAUGAUAAAAUAUCUACAGAUCGCUCCCAAGAGCGGAGUUUGUGUUCGACUCCAAGCGAAGAAAGGACGACAUUGAAUGACAUAGAGGCUCAGCAGAAAUUAGAUUCAACCAGGUUACCUAACAAAAAUGCAUGUGAUCAAAAUUGGAUCGAAAAUUGGGCUAGUCGUGUGGAACCUCACCCUCCAAAGAAAUGGCGUCUAACUUACCCAUACAAAAAGCAAAAUCAUAAAUCUACCAAGGUUUCGAUGGUUAAGAGGGAAAGAAAAGCUUUUCAUGUUGACAUUUACAUCUUUUUACCCACUGUCUUGUUGACACAUAUACUUGCAUUAGGGAUCGGGUGAGUACACAAUAGGAUUGGAUUUUAUGUUGGAAGACAAACUUCAUCUGGCACCAUGGCAGCCUGAUGAUUUCAGUGUUUAUAUUUUGACUAUCAUGCUUUUUAUUUUGUGCCAAGUUCAAAUUGGCAUUGUUGAGAAACUCCAUUUGGUUCACAGAAGUUGAUAUUCAAGAUUUACACAAAAAAUUGUUAAAAGUAAAUUUUGAUAGCUGAAAUUUCUAGGGAGGAUUUGGUUCCAUCACAUUAAUGUAGAUAAAAUUAAUUUCAUUGGGUAAAUGUCUGUAGAUACGACAAAUCAUAAAAUUUAUAAUGUAAGGAUGCAUUCUUUUUUUCAAAAUUUGUA